UCGGCACGAUUAUCUACUGCCGCGCGGCGCGGAAUUUAUCCGAGGGCUUGGACCAAUAGGAUCAAAGAAUGCUAUCCACGUGGAUAUAUUAAAUCGAUGCGUGCACGACGUCGUCGUACGAGUAGAUAGCAAUUCCGCUAACAACUGUCACUUGCCGAUAGUGGAUAGUAUAUCCAAGUGCGUGCACGGCGCCAAUAUGGCUGCCGUCUGAUUUCUACGUAUGACAUUUCGAUUGACAUAUAUUUAUCUGCCUCCCGAGAGUGGCAGAUAGGCUUGAGAUAGGCGUCGUUAGACAAGUAUUUGCAAGUUAUUUUGAAUAAAAAUGUCGAGGGGGCUACAUCAGAAACUUAAUAAGUUUUUAUGAAGAGAAGAGGGAGAGAAAGGAGCAGCGGAGCGAUGUCAGGAACUUCGCGUAUAUUUAUAGUUUGCCAAGAAACUCGUGGAAAUGGUUGGGUACCUUCACGAAGAAUUGGAGGAUGAUUUGUCACCCAUUAAUUCAGAAGGCUAUCCAGCCGAUAUUAAGAUCCUAACCGGCUUACGGAUACUUGUCAAUGGCCACUACCAGCGAGGUAAUGGUCAGGAUCAAAACACCUCACUGGCUUCAACAACAGUGAGCAAAUAUUUGACGCAAUUUAUAGAUGCGGUGAAUAGAAAGCUCAAACCAAAAUGGAUUGUUUUUCCGGGGUCUGAAGAGGCUCGGCAAGAAGUGGCAGGAGGAUUCAGGCAGAAGUUUGGUGUGCCAAAUGUAAUUGGUGCCAUUGAUUGCACACAUGUGUCUUUGUUCCCACCACCUGGGUUAACAAAAAUCCAAUAUAAGAACCGACAUGAUUACAUGUCAAUCAACAUUGAUGAUUGCAACUGAUCUGUGAUGCAGACUGCCGGAUCCUCAGUUGUAAUGCAAAUUACCCAGGCCGGGUCCAUGACCAAUUUAUUUUUAAUAACUCAGUAAUAAAAGAAGAGAUGAGGAGGCUAUAUACCAACAGGAUUGGAGACUAUUUUCUAUUGGGAGAUGCUGGCUAUGCGUUGGAGCCAUGGCUCAUGACUCCAAUAAGGAACACCCAAGUGGGUUCUCCAGAGGCACGGUAUGACAACUGGCAUUGCCGAGCCCGAAACACUAUUAAACGCACCAACGGUUAUCUGAAGGGC